ACCCACUCCGUGUCUCGUCUGUCAAAGAAACUACCUUGACUGCCUAAACAAGCGCCCCGACCACCAGAAGAAGACAAGGACCAGCAAAAAGUGAGGUGGUUGAGCAAGACGGCCACAGCCGCUUCGCUCGUCAGCCAACCGAUUAAAUUUUUUUUCCUCCUUUCCUCGUCAUCAUCACAAAACAAAGUCGUCGCGCCAGAUACCAAAAACAUUCACGCGCGCUCUCCUGACUCACUCAUACACCUUUUCGCCAUCGAAGCGCAGACGCAACGCACGCUCGCCACUCUGAACGUCGCCAAAAGCAAGCCCCUGGCCAGAUUCCCUGCUGGGUCGGCGUUUCGUCGUUAGGCUCAUUAGGCGCCCACCGCUCAUCCUUGCUGCGUUGUGCGUCUCGUCGAUAUCGUCAGGCCACAGUUUCUCCCACAAACAACGCAAGAAAAGAACGCAAGCUCAAAGAAGCCAUUUCGUUUGGCUCCAGGUUUAGGCAGAGCGGCUUAUUUUUGCAGCGGCACCACAAACUUGCCACUAGCCAAGGCUGGCCACCGAUCCCGUAUAUUGGCGGAUUGCAAGCGUUUCACUUCACAUGCGACCACAGCCUCCCCGGCCACAAUCGGACUGUCUGCCUAUGGAUCAAUGACUCUAGUUUGCUCACUCAGAUCACGCGCACAAUAAUCCCUACGCGCCACAAACUUGAGCCUUAUUUGACAUCCUAUUCCCUCCAAAAGUGAGCUGUUGUGCCGACAUAUAAUGGCUCAGCAAUAUCGCCCCGGCCCCGUGCCUCAGACAACGUGUGACGAGCACGGCUUGUUGAAUAAGAUAUUGGGUUUGGAUGGUUCCGGCUCGUCCAUCCCUACAUCAGCAACUUCGCCACGCCACGACACCCUCGAACUGGAUGGCGAUAUUGACCCAAAUCGUGAUAUAAUACGCAGAGUCCCUCGAGAAGUCAUCCCCGGCCUGCCUAGAUCCCAAACCUUUAAACGCCAGCAAGAAGAACGCCGAGAACACCUAGCGCCGGUUGAGCCAUCUCUUAACGAGAGACGAGGAACUUCCACAGAUCGCCGAUCGAACCGCCCCGGAACUGCAUCGCAAUAUUCUGACUAUUCUGCGCCUCGACACCAAACACCACUAAGUGUCUACAGCGCAUCGGAAGCUGAAUAUGGCCAUAUGCCUUAUUCUGCUGCACCAUCCUCUGACACUGCCAACAACGAAUCUACCAGGAUGACCCAUGCGGCGUCAACAGAUAUUGGUCAAUCCAGCCGCAGCUUUCCAACACCAGUCGAUGUGCAUUCAAUGACGCCAAUGCAGUUCGAUGCUUUGAUUCACGAUGAAUUGGAGAGAAUCUGGAUCCUUAACUUGAGUAUGCACUUUCGAGACCACUCUAAGCGAGAAAAGUUCUUUGUGACAUACCGAGAGACGGAACAAUCAUGGCGACGAGUGACCAUCUCCCUAGACUACCGCCGCGCUGAGCCAGGCUCCCUGGAAAUGGAUCUCAUGAACACCAAGUAUCAACGAGAUAAGAGUGCCAAGAUUUACGAGGCUAUUCGGGAAAGUCUCGCUGAUAUUGAAUUUUACGACACUGUUACCAACCUCAAGCUUGAAACGACUGACGGACGCCUACACGUACAUGUCGUAGAAGACGGAAAUGAAAUUAUUGACUUCCCUCCGGUAAAUGUUGUGCGUCAUUUGCAAUGCCGCCGAGUUAGGGAACGAGAUGUCGGCUUCAUCUCGCACAUGUCCGCUUUUGUAUAUAAAGUGCGAGCUGAUGACCGUGUCUUGAUCAAGAAGGAAAUUCCCAGCCCGGAAACGAUUGAAGAAUUUCUUUAUGAAAUCAACGCUCUGCAUGCACUUCAAUUCUCAUCCAGCGUCAUCCAAUUCUACGGUGUUAUUGUUGAUGACGACGACGAGCAUGUCAAAGGACUCUUGAUUGACCAUGCCGAACAGGGUGCUCUAAUGGAUAUUAUUUUCGACAACUGCAAAGACUCCCACAUCGGCAUCCCAUGGAGCACUCGGGAGAAGUGGGCGCGCCAGAUUAUCAAAGGUCUUGCCGAUAUCCACGAGACAGGCUUUGUGCAAGGCGACUUUACCUUGUCUAACAUUGUCAUUGAUGGAGCGGGAAACGCCAAAAUCAUCGACAUCAACAGACGAGGCUGUCCACUUGGAUGGGAGCCGCCAGAGGCGUCAGCCUUGCUAGAGUGUAAUCAACGCCUUUCACUCUUUAUUGGUGUCAAGUCGGACCUUUAUCAGCUUGGCAUGGUGCUUUGGGCUCUGGCCAUGACGGAAGACGAGCCCGAAACUCAAGGUCGUCCUCUUAUGCUAGGACCUGAAGUCAACAUUCCUGAUUGGUACAGACGAGUGACGGAGAUUUGCCUUAGUUACGAUCCGCGAUCUCGUCUCCAUGCCUCACAGCUUCUCCAAAUCAUCCCUCCGGCAGCCGAAACCAAGUCUGAAGAGUCCGAUAUGUUGGUUGGAGCGAUCCGCCCUGUUCAACAUACCAACGCCGCAUACAGUUUGCUGAAGCCGCAUCCUGUUGUCCAGCCACUUUGGUCUGACAAGAGAUCAGAACACAACGCAAGCGCACGACCUCUUACCUAUGACCCAUUUUACACCUCCCGUGGCAGAUCGCCCCCUAGUCCCAAUCCAAGCGAUGCGUCUCGUGCUCUACCAAGUAGGACUGGUUGGGCAGCGCAUCGAACCAUGGCGCCAUCGUUCAACUCGAUUGACUCCAAGAUUACGCCUCCCUUUGUUGGACCAGAUGACAGAUCGCUUCCCUCUCGUCAGAGCCACAUCUCGCACCGUCCAAAACUUCGAGACAGCUACAGCAUGCCUAGAUCAACGCUUCGAACUGAGAUGACGAGCCCAGGGGUCAGCGCUGGCGAUGGAGCCGUUACCCCCAAAGGCGAAAUCUGGAAUUUUGAUGUCAAUGGCGCUCGGCCACCCCUGGAUCGAUUUAAAUCGUACGGUCACUUCCGCUCUGAUGCCAUGGUUGGACCCCAUGAGACUCGCAUUGUCAGCGGCGAAUCGGACAGCAGAUUCGGAGACUGGAUGGACAUGGGCAAGAUCCGCGGCCAUAGCAACCCAGAACUGGCGGAUGCAGAGCUUCAAGCCCAUGUCCUGCAACUGGCAAGCCAAACCGCCGAGCUUGACGCCCUUGAAGCACAGCGACCUGUAGCAGAGCGGCCACGACACCUGGAGAGGCAGGAUACCAUCCGAACGUCUUUCUAUAACCCUGACGACAACGAUGUUGCAUCUAAUGAUGUGACAUCCAAUGAUAUCGCGUCCAACGACGUCGCGUCAUGGAUCUCGCGUGUCUCUACGCCGGACUGCGAAAUUGAAGGCGGUGCACAACUGGCCAGGAGCGAGACUGAUGAUCCAGCACCCCUAGAGAGCAUUGUUGAUAAGCGACUGGAGAGAAAGUUGGAGAUUCCAGCACCAACCCCAGAACUACCAUCUGGGCCAUUUGAGAAUGCCACGCGAGAGCCAUUCAACGCGCAAACUUCCUUUGCACCAUCCCUGGCUGGCAUUGGAUCUGCCCACGGGCCUCACUAUGAACGAGACUGUAUGGCCGAAAUCCGCAUCGGCGACGAUGACUUUACCACGCUGAAGCGCAACGAAACGAUACCUACCAUGUAAUGAACGACUUAACGACGAUUACGACCCAAGCAACGUUUUGAACUCUUUGAAAGCAUUAUUAUUAGCAUGGCAACAACUCACUUUGUGUACAAUGUAUUCAUAUUAGCUACAUUUUCAUAUUUCUGUAUAGCGUUUCUUCUUGGAUAAUUUGAUCACUAUUUGAAAUACCUCUUCUGAUAAACAAACAAACAAGUACGCAUGCCGUGUGAUGUGACGUGUUGAAGCAGGCCAUUCAUUCACAUGGUUCAUCCCGUAAAUAGAUGUCUCGCCUCUUGGCAACCUGAGACGAUGAUGAUGACGCUGUAAUCUCCGAGGUGGCGUUUUGUUGGCCGUGAUAUAGAACCCUCGAUCUAGUAUAGCAACACGUACGUGCGGGUAGACUGCAACGUACUCCAGGUUUGCUUUCCUUACCCAACAUAACAGCUAGUGAUAUAGUUGAUAUUACGCGUACCUAUAUCUGUUCUACUUCUAAUUCAUGACCGCGCGUCUAGUCUACAAAGGCAAACUAGUUGCAACUUACACGUGUCGCGGCGGCGGCGGCGACAUUGCUGCAUGUCUUUCGGGACGUACCGUUAGCUGGGUGGCGC